AAACCCUACUUAAAAGUUCGUCUUUGGAGUUUAAUGUGUAACUCUUUCAUGAUUUAGAUUCUUCAGAACCUGAAAAGUCUUCUUCUUCUUGAUUGUAUUUCAGGAGCUGAAGUCAGAGCUUUCCCUCUCAACGAGUUUCAAGCUCCAGCUCUAGCUUCUCGGCCAUGGCAUUUCUUGGCCUGAUCAAGAGGGUUUCACGGAUUAGCAGAAACAACUCGAGGGUCAGAGUGUACUCAGCGAGACACUUCCAAAGCAGAGACCUUUCAAACUCAAGUUUUGGAGAUACUAAGCUUCCUGUUCUCAUCGUCGGCGCUGGACCUGUAGGUCUCGUUUUAUCCAUCCUUCUCACCAAACUAGGUGUGAAAUGUGCUGUUGUUGACAAAUCCACAAGCUUUUCUAAACAUCCACAAGCUCAUUUUAUCAACAACCGGUCCAUGGAGAUCUUUCGUAAAUUGGAUGGAUUAGCUGGAGAGAUUGAAAGAUCACAGCCUCCUGUAGAUUUGUGGAGAAAAUUUAUUUACUGUACGUCUCUCUCUGGUUCAACUCUAGGCACAGUGGACCACAUGCAGCCUCAAGAUUAUGAAAAGGUUGUUAGCCCUGCUUCCGUUGCUCACUUCUCUCAGUAUAAAUUGACAAGCUUAAUGCUUAAGCGGUUGAAAGAUCUUGGCUUUAGUGUUCAAAGUUCGAAGGAAUGGGAUGGUCUUGACUCUGUUGUUGCGGGGAAAAUUCUUAUGGGUCAUGAGUGUGUGGCCAUUGAUGCUGACAAGGAAAGUGUUACUGCAACUGUUGCUUUUUUCAAAGGAGGCAAGCGUGUGGAAAGAAACAUCCAAUGUGGUUUACUGGUUGGUGCUGAUGGUGCUGGGAGUGUUGUAAGAAGGCUCACAAAAGUAGAAAUGCGUGGGGAAAGAGAUCUGCAGAAGCUUAUUAGUGUACAUUUCAUGAGCAGGGAGCUCGGUGAGUACUUGAUCAAUAACAGACCAGGGAUGUUGUUUUUCAUUUUCAACACUGGAGGUAUAGGAGUUCUCGUUGCCCAUGAUCUUCUACAAGGAGAGUUUGUUUUGCAGAUUCCAUUCUAUCCUCCUCAGCAGAGUCUAUCUGAUUUCAGUCCGGAGAUGUGCAAGAUGCUGAUAUUCAAUUUGGUGGGACAUGAGCUUUCAGACUUGGAUGUAGCUGAUAUUAAGCCAUGGGUCAUGCAUGCUGAAGUCGCCGAGAAAUUCAUGUGCUGUGAGAACAGAGUGAUACUUGCUGGUGAUGCUGCUCACAGGUUCCCUCCUGCUGGAGGUUUUGGAAUGAACACUGGAAUUCAAGAUGCUCAUAAUCUUGCAUGGAAAAUAGCAGCUCUUGUUCAGGGUUCUGCAAAAUCUUCUAUUCUUAAUACUUAUGAAACAGAGCGUAGACCGAUUGCCCUUUUCAACACUUCUCUCAGCAUUCAGAACUUCAGAGCAGCUAUGUCGGUUCCUGCAGCGCUAGGUCUUGACCCAACAAUUGCAAACUCAGUUCAUAGGUUUAUAAACAAAACAGUCGGUUCCAUCCUUCCAACGGGGCUGCAAAAGGCAAUCUUGGAUAAUGUCUUUGCAUUAGGUCGUGCACAGCUUUCGGAAUCUGUGUUGAAUGAGAGCAACCCCCUGGGACAUCAGAGACUUAGCAGACUAAAGAGUAUAUUCGAAGGAGGAAAAAGCCUUCAGCUACAGUUUCCUGCAGAGGAUCUUGGUUUCAGGUAUCUAGAGGGAGCCAUUGUUACUGAUAACGAGUCUGGAGCUGGUGAUCUUGAAGCACCAAGUGGUCGUAGAAGAGACUAUGUUCCUUGUGCUGAACCAGGUUUAAGACUGCCUCAUAUGUAUGUGAAAGUUCUGUCAGAUUCCACAAGAGAGGAUAUUGUUUCUACACUGGAUCUUGUUUCAGUCGACAAAGUGGAGUUUCUACUUAUAAUAUCUCCCUUACAAGAGUCCUAUGAGCUAGCUCGCGCUACACUCAAAGUGGCAAAAGAAUUUAAGGCUAAUGUAAAGGUAUGUGUAAUCUGGCCUAGUAGUUGUAAUGAUGGUGCUGUAAGGGAGAGCAAAUCAGCAUUAGCUCCAUGGGAUUAUGUUGUGGACGUUAUGGAAGUUAAAGAACAAAGUGGUGAAGAAGCUUCUUGGUGGAGUAUAUGUAAGAUGUCAGAGAGAGGUUCUAUUUUAGUACGUCCAGACGAACACAUUGCUUGGAGUAUGAAGUCUAGUGUUCCUUUGGACCCUACUCUGCACAUGAGAGAUGUCUUCACCAUCAUACUUGGUAAACAAUGA